AUGUCGGAUCCCGACUUCAUUCUCGGUCUUGCAGGUUUCCAGGUCUCGCGGCUGCUACAGGACGGCCCUGAGGUGAGUGCACUGCAAGCCUUGUCCUUCCCCCACAGCCACGACUUCUCGGAGGGUCCGCCACCGGCGGAGUUGAUUCGGGAGGUGCGCCAGCUGCGCUGCCCGCUGGGGGUUUGCUUCGUCUCCUUCCUUCUUUGCGUGCUUAGCCAGGCAUGUUGCGCUGUGGAUGGUUGGAACCUGUACGGCGCAGGCCCAGAAGUUCCGACACAUUGCCGGCCGCUGAAGUACUGGCUAAGCGCCUACCUCGCCUCUACGUUGCUGCCUCUGACCACCUCCAUGGCCUUGGCACUGCCGCUGGGCAUUCUAGCAAUGGCCACAGGCACCUUGGUUCGUGCACUGACGCCCGCCAGCUGCAAAAACGAGGCACCUUCCCUCUGGCAGUUUGUGGACGAAGUUGGGGCAAAAGGCCUGGUGUGUCUGGUGGGAUUGCUGAUCAUUGCGGGCCUCUGUGCUGCCACGAUCUUUCCUGCGAUCCGCGCCAUCGACGCGCGCUGGGGCGCCUCUGGGUCUGCUGUGACAGAGGUGAUCGAGGCCAUCAGAGACGACCAGCCCCCCGAGGUCUCCCCUGAAACCGCCUCUUGCCUCCAAAGACAUGCUUCGGGAUAG